UAAAAGUAACUCGUUAGAAUACGUGAUUUUUUUUAUUUUAAAGAGCGCCACGCGACUUUGAAUUGGAGCCUCACAUUAAUACUCUUUAAAAAAUAUAUAUUUUGUUUUCACUUCGUAUUUGCUCAGGUUGCUUGCGAGCGCUGCUUUGAGUGCGGAGGACGGCGCUGCGGCCACCAAGCAGCUGGAUGCGAUGCUGAGAGUUUAAACAUUAGUGUGACUUUGAGUUUGCAGCGCGGUGCAACUUCAGCCGAUGUCACCGUGAAAGCGCUCACUCUCGGAAGGAUUUCGGUCCUGGAUCAGUUUUUUUACGGCGUUUCCAUCUGAACCUGCGGCAUGAAAACACGCUGAGACCGCGAAGAAAAGAAGGAAAGAACUCGAUCAGUGAAGCGUCCUCCCUAUAUGUGGUGGGUGAGAUGAACUCCAGUGGGAAUACUGUCGACCCCACCUGACAGCUCUCUGCCUGAUCAACUGAAAGCUUAUUAUCAGAGCCUCCAAAAGAUCUGGAUUUUAAAACAGCAGUUGCUGUAAAAUCAACUUCUCAACGUAGUGACUCUCUUCAGCCUUCAGCCUGGCCGGCACAACCAUUCCAGCGAAGGGGGAGGAGGACUUCCUCACGCUGGCCGCCUCCAGGAUCAGCCGCAAGAAACGUGUCAUCGGGGCUGGAGUCGGCGUGGCCAUGGUCCUGGUCCUGCUGGUGGCCAUACCCCUAUUGGUCCACACCACCAAGGGGGGAGGGUCCGGAGGAGGGGGUACGCACUUCGAGAUGCUUGGGAGCUGCAAGAUGGUGUGUGACACUUUCACCCCCCCACAGGGAGAGCUGACAGCCGUCUCCCCUCAGCCCCCAGACUUCUCAAACCGCAGGGGUAAACAGGGGUUCAGGGGGAACCCUGGACUUCCCGGUCCUCCAGGUCCCAAAGGGCCCCCCGGAGAGCCCGGCAAGCCCGGCCCACCUGGUCCACCUGGGCCUGGACCCGGAGGCUACGGGCCAUCCUUCUACAGUCCCAAAAUCGCCUUCUAUGCAGGCCUCCGGAAACAACACGAAGGGAGUGAAAUACUCAAGUUUGAUGAUGUUGUGACCAACGUAGGGAACUACUACGAACCGAGCACCGGCAAGUUCACCUGCCCUCUGCCUGGCAUCUACUACUUCACCUACCACGUCCUGAUGAGAGGAGGUGAUGGGACGAGCAUGUGGGCUGACCUGAAGAAGAACGGACAGGUGCGAGCCAGUGCAAUCGCUCAAGAUGCAGAUCAGAACUACGACUACGCCUCCAACAGUGUGAUCCUGCACCUGGAUGUUGGGGACGAAGUGUGUGUACAGCUGGACGGGGGCAAAGUACACGGCGGAAACAUCAACAAAUACAGCACCUUCUCUGGCUUCCUCAUCUACCCAGACUGACAUUGUACUCACGUCUAUAUAUUCUCUCUCUGUAUUCUCUCUCCCUUCUUCAUCAAACAUCACCAUGACUCCUUCAUGUAAUUUGUCAUUUCAAUGCCGUUCCAAAUACAGACAUGUAAUUACAUGGUCACAGUUAACAAAUAGAGAGAUUGUGUAAAAAAUCAUACAGUAUUGUAUAUAUUACCAGUUAACAUUUGCUUCUCACACACAAACAUUAAUGUAAUCAUUAUUCUGUGCCAUGUACAGUGUGUGUCGGUGUGACUAAAACACCGGAUUCACAUGAAUUGAACUUCUCCUAUCAGUUGUCACGCUGUGACAAGAUGACCAUUUCAGCCACCGGUCUGAAAUCGACUGGAAUGAUCUCUCAAUGUAGACUGUAAAUCAAAGUGUGUGUACUUGGCUACCGCCUCUCGCCUUCACUGUGAGGUGGAUUUCCAAAUGAAAAAAGUCAUGAAUAUAUUGAUCGCAGCUGAUAAUACAGCCAAGGCCAUGAACAUAAUCCAGUGUGUUGUAUGUUUGUGUGCGAGCAUACGUGUGUGUUGACCCUUCUGCCUGUGUUAAAGCAUGAAAGUAUCACGCUACUGUUAGUUAAACUUGCAAAUGUUGCACCUCCUGUUAAGGGAGGGGGUGUCAAGUUGCUGACAACAGUCCCUGAAUACACACGGUAUAUCGAGAUGUUUCGCUUUGACAUCUUUCCUGAGUCACAGCUCACGGCGGAGGCUCAUUAUGUCCUACUAACGAGCUGAGGCUUCCUCUACAGACUGUUCAGACACACUUACAUCUGGCUUCCAAAGUUUGCUUUACCCUUGUUUGCAUUCUUGCAGAGAUUUAGAUAAGAAAAUGUAAACCCUGAUAUUCGUCUGUUGACGAUCACGCUUUGGCCAGCAUCUACUUAGCUUAUAGCGUAAGGGCAGGGUCAAACAAGAAAAGGAGUUGUAAGACGUGUUGUCUGACCAAGCUGUAACUUAAAAGUGUAAGUCCAUCAACCGAAUGGUUACACUGGAAGGUCAAGUGACAAGCCAGCAGUCUUAGAGAGGGGAGCUAUGGGAUAUUGUACCAAUAUGGAGUUGAAAUUGUAGUGUAACAAAUAGAGAAAAAAGUUAAAACCAUGGCUCCUUUCUCACCUCUGCACAGCUGCCCAAUAACAGUGUGAGAUGUGUGUGAAUGUUGGAUCAGAAACUUACAGAAGUGGUUAAACACAGCCUUUCUAAACCCCCAAAAGGUGUGUGAGAAGGGGUCUCCGAAGCUAUUUAAGCCAAUAAGUACUUUUGAGGAAGUGUACUGACUUUUAUGCUAACACAGCAUUGGAAACGGGGGGAAUUUGUUAGUCUGGCACGGUUGAAAAGGUAAUAGAAUCUAUUUACCAGAAUCUUUAAGACUCACUAAACAUUGUGUGUUUGUCUGUUUGAUUCCUGCAAAAACCUAACUAUAAAAACAAGAAUUUGUGGUUUUUCUGGUGGUAAUUAAUUAUUAGUUUAUCACGAUGUAUACAGAUCAUGAGAGAAUCACAGGAUCACAUCAAGCCAUCUCGUCAGGCUUCAAGUAAUGUGUUUUUGUCCGGUAAUCCAAAGUAAUCCAGUCAGCGUCCUGCGAGGAGCUAGUGUUAGCUACGGUCAUUAGGUGUGUGUGUGCGUGUGUGUGUGUGUGUGACGAUACAGAGAGAGGACUGUUCGUUCUUACAAUGGUGGCUUCUGAACUGGUUAGCGUAGAUGCUGCAAUAGCAUCAGAUUAAUUCUUCAUUGAAAGAAGAGCAAAGAAUGACGAUGGCGGCCUUCGUCAAUUAUUUAGUUGUUGCUCUUCUGACAGAUGAUUCAUCCAAUCCCCUGCUACAUCUUUUUUUUAAAGGGCAUUCCCUUUUCCAGAGUUUCCAACAGCGGCUUCAAGAUGGUUCUGUUUAAAAAAAGGUGGGUGGAGUAGGUUGUCGUUUGGACAUAGCAAGGCUGGGCUGGGUGCAGUGUCAUAUUUACUGAACAGUUAAGAGUGGUAUUGACUAAUUCUCUGCAUAAAAACAAAUAAGCUUAUUUCACAAAGUGUCAAACUUUUCCUUUCAUUUUACUGUGAAUAUACUCAUGUGAAGAUGUGUUUCAAAUGCAGGUGACUGUUGUUGAUGUAUUACUGCCAUAUAUGUCGGUUUUCUGUGCCUUACAUUAUCUUUUUCAUUUUUAUGCAUGAGACACGUGUUGAAUCCAGGCGAUACGAACAAGCUGAUAUAAACAGCAAUCUGAUGACCACUUUAAGAAAUAUAGAUGCUAACUGAGGACGUUGAUUGUGAAUCUUUGUAUGUAACUGAAUGUGACUCUACUGUGAAUAAAAGCCCCCAAAAUGAAGACCAAGGUGCAUUUGGUAUGGUGGGAAACAUGAGGGAACGAACAACAGAAGCAUGUAACUGUGCUGUUCAUCCAGAUUACAUUAUAAAUAUGUUGAUGUAACCAAAUGACUAUAUUUAACAUUUCUAUUUUUUUCAUGAUAUAAUGCUUUGACGGGUACAAUAUAAUACUUCUUUGUAGCACAUCUGUUGUAGUUUUAGUGCCAUGGAACACGUUUUAUAUUGGCCCAACAAGUCACAGAUCCAACUUUGAAGCUGGAUAGAUAGCGUGACGACCCCCAUGAGAUUUGGACGUGAAUGUUUCUGAUCAUUCUCGUACUGAGAUUGAAAAGCCCUCCCGACGUUGUGUAAUUGGGCUAUACAAAUAAACUGAAUUGAAUUGAAUUAAUUGUACACAGACAUUCCCCCUGAGUGGCUUUACAUAACCUCUGUGUCAUGCUGCCUCCCAAUGUGUGUGUUUUCUGCCGCUGUUACCUUCGUUCACGAGCAGUGCGGAUUCAUUGUUGUCACUGUACAAGCUGAAUUGUGUGUAUUUGUUAUGUAUAAAAUCAGCAUAGUUUUCUUUCUCUGCCCUUGAAGACCAUAAAACACAAGAAAAUUAAAAGAAAAUUCAGGAUUAUUUUGCGUUGCUGAGUAAAAUCACUGUUUUUUAAAUUCUUUGUUCUCUUCAAAAACCCAGCUCGUGACAUUUUGUGAUAAGUUCUCACUGCUCAGGGUGAUUAUUUUUUAUUGCAAAGAUUUCAAGAAGUUUUUAUCAUUUGUCAAACUUAUCUAAGGUUCGAAUAUGAAAAAAAGAUGACAAAUAUAUUCCAGUAUUUCCACCUAGAGCCUACCUGCCAUGUAUUUUUUCCUUCAUUGAUAAAGAAUAAUGUGGUAAACUA